AUGAUUUUCGGAUCGGAUUCAAAUGAUACCAAAUGUAUUUGUUCCGAUUUGCAGCACAGUGAUUACUCGCCGGCAUAUGAAUGGUUUAACUAUAUAGCAGUCAUUAUUUUGUUACCAUCAAUUUCGGCUUUUGGUGUUCUAUCAAAUAUUGUCAAUAUUUUUGUUUAUUCUCGAGAAAGGAUGCGCAGUUCAUCCAACACCUAUUUGUUAUUUCUUUCUUCCAGUGAUUUUUUAGUUGUUAUAACGGGUCUUUUUAUUUUCUGGAUCGAUUCCGCUAGGACUUAUAUUCCGGAAUUAUCGCGUGCACCUUAUACAACUGUCUAUGCAUUACCCUUCGGAUACAUGGCACAAACCUGCAGCGUAUAUUUCACUGUUGCAGCUGCUGUCGAUUGUUAUAUCAACGUAUGUUGGAAAACAGUAAGUGCAAGCUAUUGUACAAUUCGACGUGCUUGUGAAAUAAACACGUGUAUAACUGUGUGCUCCAUCAUCUAUAACUCAUUACGUUUCCCACAGUUCAACUUGAGGAAAUGCUUGCAUGGUAGUUCAAAGGAAAUAAUAGUCGAAAUUUGUCCGACCUCUUUAUUCUUUGCAAUCAAUACGAUAUAUAAUGUAUAUAUGUACAUGGUGCUGAUGACUUUACUUCCUUUUCUAUUUCUAUCCAUUUUAAAUGCUAUCAUUGUUGUACAACAAUCCUCCAUAUCGCGAUCAAAUUCAAUGGGUUUUGUCAAAGACAAUGCUUCCCGAAUUGCUAUGACAGCUUCUUUGGGUCAUAUAACGGAUACAAUGCUUCAACCGACCGAUCGCAAUGGAGCAAUCGGAUCCGAUGAUAGUGUAACAAUGGUUAUGGUGGUUAUUUUAUUCUUAUGCUGCAAUAUUUUGGCACUUAUAGUGAAUGUUAUUGAAACAUUUUUUGAGCCAAGCACUUUGUUGCUCAAUUUUCUCACCGACACUAGCAAUUUCCUAGUAGUUUUGAAUUCAUCUAUCAAUUGUCUCAUUUAUUACACUUUCAACAAAGAAUACAAGGAAGUUUUCUUAAUAAAAGUGCAAACAGUUAAACGACAACUGAUUAACAAAUACUUGAAGACUAGCGCUGAUCGAACACAAAACACAUCACCCAAUUCCACUCCUGUCAUUGCACAAUUUUUUAAAAAAAAUUCACCAAGACAAAAAAUGAUGACGUGCGGUUCACCGGUGUGGAAACCAAUGUAUCGUCAAAUCAGAAAUUAUAAUUCUUUUCCCAUAACAAACGACAAUUCAAAUAUUCCAGGUGUAAAUAAUACGGGCUGUUUGGAAAUUCUGUUGGACAAUGACGCGGAAAAUGUCAAAUCGGAAAGCGCUUGGACGAAUACUACUAGCAUUAAAGAUGAUACUGUAACAAAACGUUGGGUAGCUGAGAUACAAAUUGAGCGUAGGAAUGAAUCGGACACUUUACAUCCACGCAUUUAUGUUUUACCUUUGCGAAAAUAUAUAGUCAGAAAUGUUAGUAUUACAACUUUGUAA